AUGUUUAGACAAGUAAAGAGAAGGACGGCUGGUAGAAGAAACUUUGAGGACAAGACCUCUUCACCCACAGCCGAAUACACCCUACCGAAAUUAUACUCAUCAAGAUUGUCGUUUUAUGAUUUACCACCAAAUCAAGAGAUUACAUUGGAAGAGUUUGAGAAAUGGGCUAUUGAUAGGUUGAAAAUACUCAUUGAGAUUGAAUCUUGUGUUGCUAGAUCUUCGUCUCAGAAGGAUGUUGAACUUGCUUUGAAACCACUUUUGCUCAAGUACCUACCAUUAAGCCCCAAUGGAGAUGAAAAGACGCUUAUUCAAGAACGUAUGAAGGACUAUUAUAGUCAUUUUAUCCUCCGCUUGGUGUUUUGUAGAACUGAAGAGUUGAGGAAAAAGUUUAUCAAGAAUGAGACGAUAUUGUUUAGGAUCAGGUACAAUUCAUUGCAACCUAAAGAACAGCAAGAGUUUAUUGAGUUGAACCUGUACAAAUUAUCAUGGUCUUACAUUUCAAGAGAAGAAAAGAUGGAAUUAAUUGAUAAACUCUUUGCUGCCAGCAGUCCAAUGUUGAAACAACAUUAUGCGUCGGAUGGUGAAACUACUUUAACUAAUGAUCAAAUCAAGCAGUUGAUGAUCACCAAGGAAAACUUUAUAAAGUUGCCAUUUGAAAAACUUAGUCCAUUGGUUUCAUCUAGAUCUGUUUAUUUGCAAGCAGGUAAUGCAUACUUGCCAACAAGUUUGCAAUUGAAUUUAUUGGCUGCAGAAUUUCAAGAGAGCUUGAACGAUAUCUUGAUCAAGACUUUUCAAGCCAUUCCUAGAUUGGAGGAGGAUGACAGACUUUUGCCUUUGCUCAACCACUUGUCACGCAAUUUUUCCAACUUUCAAUACGAGACGGACAUGAAUAGUGAACUUGCAUCCGAUAUCAAUGCAUUAUCAAUCACAUCGAAACAAAUCAUGUCCCAUUACCCACUUUGUGCAACCCACUUGCAACGAAAUUUAAUGGCUAAUUCCCAUUUGAAAUACUUGGGUCGUCAACAAUUGGGUAUUUUCUUGAAGGGGAUCGGGUUGAAUGUUGACGAAGCAAUCAAAUUUUGGACUCAACAAUUCACAAAGAACGGCAACAUGACACAAGAAACUUUCAAUAAAGAGUACAAGUAUAAUAUUCGACACCAAUACGGGCUUGAAGGUGCAAGAAUCAAUUAUAAGCCAUGGGAUUGUGCGACAAUCUUGAGUAAACCUAAACCAGGUCCAAAAGAAUACCAUGGAUGUCCGUAUCGUGAUUACUCUGAACUGCAAUUGCGAUCCAGUCUUGAAGAAAUGGGGAUCAAGAAUCAACAAGAUAUGAAUUCAAUCAUGGACAAUGUGAAUAAUCAUGAUUACACAAUUGCAUGCACCAAAGUGUUUGAAUUGACACAUCAAAAGCAAAUCAUGAAUGCAGCAAGGGGACAGGGCCAGGUUCCACCCCAAUUAGAACACAUUAAUCAUCCAAAUUUGUAUUUCGAUAGGAGCAGGCAAUUGGAGAGAGCUGAAUUGAAAAAGGAUGAAGCAAAGGAAGACUAG